UAUUGCUCUUUCAGAUAGGAGCUGAACAGUGGGCACCUUACGUUGAUGGGAUGUGAAGCUUUGUUUGGGAACCCGAGGCUGUUGCAAAACCCUUUAAAUGAAGAAGAUCCAGAGCAGAACAGUUGAAUAAGAAUGUGGGAAAGGUUACAGUAAGGAUGCCCGCUAAGCCUGCAGCUUUUACCUUUGUGCCUGUGGUGCAGAAGCUACCAAUUAAAAACAUUCUUGCCAGUGAUGAGAAGUUUUCUGCUCAGAAAGGAAAAUCAGAUAAGAGCAUAGCUGUGUCCCAGGAGAGGACAGCCAGAGAGACCAUGUCAGAGGAAGACAUUUACAAAGCGGAGAUUGUCUUUAUCAAGGACGUCUUUGAGGGAGGAGAUCGAAACACAGUCCAGCUGGAGGCAAAACCACGAUUUAGUUCUUUGCCAGAUCAUAAGAGUCUCUCUCGAACCAAGGCGUCUCCUUCAGUCGGCGCCCCAUCUGAAAAUACACCCGACCAUGAGGCCAUAGCGACUGUCUGUAUGGAAACAAUUGAUGACAAAUGCAGAGGCAGUCCCUGGCUGCAGAGCCACAAUAUCUCUGGACAUUCUGAACAUAACUUGGGCUACUUUGCAAACAGAGGGUCUGUGCCAGAAGACAGAACAAGCCCCGUAAACUCUACAGACCUCUUCCCCACCCCGUCUUCCUCCAGAGAGUCCAUUUUGUCAGAGGGCUUGGAUAAAGAGCUGGGUUGGUACACCAUGCAGCCUUCCUCUGUGGCUUCUCCUGCUUCUUUUAGCAGAACUGUUUCUCGGUGCUCAUCUAUCCGCUCUGGAGUCUUCUCCCCUGCUGUGGUUCAGAUCAGGAAGCACUCUCUCGCGCCUGGCUCUAGUCUGAUUCACACUCCUCAGACCUGUUUCUCGUCCUGUGACAGCCUGUCCUCCUCCACGUGUCUGCAGACCCCCACUUCCCGGCAUCGCCCCCCUCUCACCCGGCUGUCCCUCCUCACUGCCAUCCUCAGAAAAGGUCGCCUUCCUGUGCUGUCUGCCACGCUGCAGAGGCCUUACACCCCCUGCUGGCCUGUUAACCCCGUGACUCUGUCUGUGUGCAAUGCAUGCUCAGCCGCCUGCAGCGUGGCUUCUAUUCCUCUGGAGUUUUCAUCUCAGUUUUCCUCGUCCACCUCUGUAGACAGUCAAAAAAAAGAGCCCAGCAGCGUUGUCAGUGCUCCUUUCAUGGCGGAAUCAAGUAAACAUCAUGUGAAAUGUCUUCAAACUCAGGUGACGAGCGGCAAACUUAGAAAAGCUCAGGUAAAGUCACCUCCUCUGGCGAAGACCAACAAUCUCCCCAAAACCACCCCACCUCUGUUUCCAAAUUUGAAAUUAAUUUCUGUGACACAGGAUGAACAACCGGCCAUGGCGGCUACAACAAAGAAUUUUAUUUCAAAGCGGCAUGAUUUUUCAGAGCAGAGGCCCACCAUGCUCCUCAAGGACCAUAUUAAUAAUAACACCAGAAAACUCUUAUUGCCAACCUCUUUAUCUAUUAAGGAGCCAGAGACCUCCGCGCCACGGAAAUCAACUUGCCAACCAAACUCCUCUCUCUGGAGGCUCCAAAUGCUCUCUCAGCAGCUUAGAUCGCCGCCUGUCUCCCCUUCACAUCUGCAGCCCUCUCCGCCACACAUCACACCUUUGAACACACGUUCCUUUCUCCCUCAUUUACAACAAACAACAAAGAUUGGAGGACAUGAGUCAGAGGGGAGUGGCCAUGUUUCCAGAGGACCCACACCUUCUCAGACUUUUCCAAAGCCCCGCAGUUUGUCCCCGUUUUGCUACACAACCGUAGCUUUUCCCAGAUGGUCGUCGCCCACAAGUACACCCACACCUACACCCUCUCCUGCUCCACCAAUUAGAGACCUCACCUCUUCUCCUGCUUUGUCCCUCCGCUCCACGCCGUCCCCCAGGCCAGGGAGUGGAAUAUCAGACUGCAGUGACAGGGAGGGUAAAAAAAGAAAGCAUGCACACAAGAUUAAGUCAAGCUACAAAUCACUGGCUGCAAUACCAACAAACACGAUUCUCUUGGAUCAGCAAGCAAUAGAUGAAGAAGUGGAAAGAAAAAUGAACGACUGUAACUCAAUGGAUAGAACUCCUACAGACACGCAUGCAGAAAUGUGCUCUCCUGCUGAGCUCCGUCAAAAGUCAGAGGACCUUUAUGCAGUUAUUGAUGAGAUACUGGCAAAUUCCAGGCCACCAUGCCAGAAAACUUCCAAGUCUUCGACUACCAAGGAGCAUUUUCAGCACAGACCUUCAUUUUCAAAAUCCUUGGGCCGUGAAACCAAAUAUGCAUCAUUAUGCAGCCUGAAUCCAUCUGCCAAUAAGCAGAGGAAUCUAACAGAUGUUGAAAAGACAAAACCUGGGAUGAUUCGUCCGAUGUCGGCUAUUCCAAGACUUACAGAGGAGAUCGAAGAUCGGUUUAAAUCAAUUUCCUUGAGAAAGUAUUUUCAACAAGCCAUGCCUGAUAAGAAAAAGGUGGAAAAUACCAGACUUACAGCGCAGACAGAUACCUUUAUGGACUCAAAAGAGAAAUUGAUAGAAGAUAAGAAGACGGCAGAAAGGAGAGGUCUGUUCUCGGUUUGUGAGCUGCACAUUAAAGAGUCUGACGAGCAGCUUGGUCUGACUGGAAAAGAAGCAGGGAUAUCUUUUGGUACAACUGACAGGAACAUGGAAGUGUUUGAAGUGUGUAUGUAAAGUAUAACAUUAGUUGUUUCUCCAGCAAACAGUUAUCUGCUAAAAUCCAGUCUAUCAAAACUCUAAAUAAUUAAGGAACAAAUUUGCAACUUAUCAGUAUAAGUAACUGAAUAAUUUUGUAUGACUGCUAACAGUUGCUGGCAGUAAAUGUUAAAAAGAGAUAAUGAAGCUGCCAUACAUCAAAUAUGUCUUUUAAUACAGAAUAAAGACAUUGUCGACUGGUGUCUGGUUAA